AUGGACAUUGAUUCAACUAAUCCUUCAUUGAAUGGGAGUGAGGAAGUUGAAGAGGCAGAAAACAAUUCAUCAUUAAAUAAGAUUGGUGAAGUUCAAGAACCUGAGAAGGGCAUGUGUUUUAACUCAAAGCAAGGAGUAUAUUCGUUUUAUGCAAAAUAUGCAAAGCACCUCAGGUUUGUUGUAGCUUAUAGAACACAGAAUAUUGGACAAGAUGGGGAAGUAAAUUACUUUGGAGUUGAAUGUACUCGGGCAUGCAAGAGAACAAAACGAUCAGAAGUACACCCUCUCGAACCAACUUUGUCAUCAUUCAUUGAGUGUAAAGCAAAGGCUAGAGCAACUCUACAAAAGGAUGGAAGAUUUAAGUUGACCACAGUUGUCCUUCAACAUACGCAUGACUUGAUUCUUAGUGACUCACGACAUUUUGCAAUGAAUAAGAGAAUUCUUACCCCUACGAAGAGAAGAAUAGAAAUAAACGAUGAACCAUGGAUAAGGGUGGCUAGGAAUUUUCAUUCUAUAGUUAUUGAAGCAGGGGGUUAUGAGGCAUUAUCAUUUGAUGAACAAGAUGCAAGGAAUCAUAUUCAGAGUAUGAGAAGAUUGAGGCUUGGAGUAGGAGAUGCUGAAUCAGUUGCACUUUAUUUUCAUAGGAUGCAACAACAAAAUUCAAACUUUUAUUAUGCAAUUGACCUCGAUGAAGAUGGUCGCAUGCGAAAUUUGUUUUGGGCGGAUGCAAGGAGUAUGGCAACUUAUAAAGCAUUUGGGGAUGUGGUUUCAUUUGACACAACUUAUCUGACAAAUAAAUAUGAUAUGCCAUUUGCUCAAUUUGUAGGAGUUAAUCAUCAUGGGCAGUCAAUUUUGCUUGGUUGUGGGCUAUUAUCUAAUGAGAACACUGAAACAUUUCUGUGGCUAUUCAGAGAAUGGUUAAGUUGCAUGUCUGACGUUCCUCCAAAAGCUAUAAUAAUAGACCAGUGCAGAACAAUGCAAAAUGCCAUUGAAGUUCUCUUUCCAGAAGCUCGACAUCGUUGGUGUUUAUGGCAUAUCAUGAAGAAAAUUCCUGAGAAAUUAAGAGGAUAUGCCCAAUAUGAAUCCAUCAAGCUUGCGUUACAAAAUGCAGUUUAUGAUUGUUUUACAAAACAUGAAUUUGAUGAAGAAUGGCAAGCGAUGAUUGGAAAGUUCAACCUUGAUGAUAAUGACUGGUUAGGGGUAUUAUACAGUGAGCGACACGGGUGGAUUCCUGUGUAUGUGAAGGAUGUUUUUUGGGCUGGCAUGCCGACUACACAACGAAGUGAGAGCAUGAACGCAUUUUUUGAUGGAUAUGUGAACUCAAAGACAACUUUAAAGCAAUUUUUUGAACAAUAUGAUCAUGCCUUGAGAAGUAAGGUUGAGAAAGAGAUGAAAGCAGACUUAAAAUCUCGAAAAAAAUUGUAUGAUUGCUUAACGGUAUAUGAGUUUGAGAAGCAAUUUCGUGUAGCAUACACGAAUGCAAAGUUUAAAGAAGUGCAAGUAGAAUUGAAACGACUAUUGUAUUGUCGUGCGAAUCUUGUCAAAGAGGAGGGAGCAAUGUGUACUUAUCAUGUGAAGGAGGCUGUGCUUGUGGGUGAGAAAAUGAAGACAGUGGAAUUUGUUGUGUACUUUAAUGCAACUGAAUGUGAAUUGCAUUAUAAAUACAUUGUAUCAAGAUGGAAAAAAGAUAUCGAAAGAGGGUACACAAGCAUUCCAACCACAUACACUAAAGCCGGGGCUGUUCUUAAUGCAAAGUUGCAUGACAAAUACCACAAGAUGUUGGACGAAAUCAUAGAAAUUGCUGGUAACAAUGAUGGUAAACACGAAGUGCUUUAUCUUGGGUUGAUAGAAAUCAAAGAUAGAGUGAGAAAAGAUCAAUCGGGUAGUGCGAGUCAUGCACCACCUUCUACUAGUAAUGUACCACAUUCUCAUACUUCGUUGAGAAGUCCGUCUGCUCGUAGUACUACUAAAGCAAGCAUGUCUCACAACAUGCUUAGUCCAAUGGUUGCUCGCCGAAGAGGACGUCCAUGUACCAAACGGAAGGUUAGCAAAGUGGAUGCAAUAGUGAAUCGGUUGAAGAGAAAGAGUAAAAAGCCUCCAAAAGCACAAGGACACACGGUUCGUCAAUGUCAGCCUCGAAAGUUAAAUUUUCCUGGUACCGAUGAUAUGCAAUACAAUACUUGUCAUGACCCGAUGGGUGAAUCUGAUUGUUGGCGCAGAAUGGUGAAUCUGAUUGCUAAUGCAGAUAAACCUAUUGUUAUGGUUCAGAUUAAGUCUAUGAAUGUUGAAUGCUCCUGGUUGAAUGUUGAAUCUAUUGCUGAAUCUGUAUUUGAAUGCAUGAAUGCUCCAGAUUGCUUGAAUGCUGAAUCUAUCUGUGAAUAUGCCUGA